AUGGCAUCGAGUUCGUUAUCCCAUUUACCCUGGGGUAUGAUACCAGCAUUCAAACCCGGAGAAACUGACAUCAACGAGUACACCAAACGCCUCGAGUUUUUGGCCGAUCUCUGGCCUACAGAACACCUUUCUCAUUUGGCCCCGAGAGCGGCAAUGCUUUGCGAAGGUGGAGCAUUCAAACGGUUGAUGAGAGUUGACGCCAAAAAGUUGAAGGUGAACAGUUUGGACGGCAUCAAAUUGUUGGUAUCCACCCUUGGUGGAGUAUGGGGGAAAGCAACACAUGAGGAAAAGUUCGAGCGUUUUGAGAGAGCCAUCUACUCAACUGUCCAGCGGCCCGACGAAACUCGCGAAUCGUAUCUUGCUAGGCACGAUUUCCAAUUCGAAGAACUGGCGGCAUUGCAUGUGACGAUUGAUGAAAUGCGAGCAUAUUGUUUGUUGCGCAACUCCGGACUGCUCAUGGACGAAAAGAAGAAGAUCAUCAUGGACUCUGAUGGACAGCUUGAAUAUGGAAAAGUUGUGGCUGCAUUGAAAGUUUUGGGUUCGAAGUUUUUUACAGAACUCCAAUCAUCCGGCAAGAGCUCAACUCGGACCAAAACGUAUGAAGCAGCCAAUGUCAUGGAAGAAGAUGAACCUCCCUCAACCUUGGGAGAUGAUGACGCCGUGUUUCCGGACCAUUGGUACGAUGACAUCCUGCUCCUGUCCGAAGAGAACGAGCAAGAUGCCCUAGUGAUCCAACAGUUUGAAGACAGCUUGGUGGACGUGCUCCAGAAUGACCCCGAGACAGCACAGUGUUUUUACUCCUACUUGGAGGCCAGGAAACGCAUCACCGAACGGAACAAGAACCGUGGCUUUUGGCCCGUGAAGGGAUCGGGAAAAGGGAAGAGCAAAACCAAGUUCGGGUUCUCCAAAGGUUUUGGCAAGUCCCGCAGACCGCUGGCUCAACGAAUUCUUGAAUCGGAAUGUCGACGGCGCGGACAGAAAGGGCAUUGGAAAGCCGAGUGCCCGCGACGCUUUGAGAAUGAAGCCAAGCCCACCAAUGCGGCCUUCGCUGGAACCGUUCAUGCUGCAGGCAUGCUGAAGGAGAGCGACGACAUGAUUUUGAUGUGUGAGGUGGAUGAGUUCGUUGCGGCACUCCGUCACAACCUGGACCGGACGGCCAAGGAAGAAUUCAUGCGCGUGACGAUGGAGGAACUCGGCCAUCAGCAGAUCACCUUCGGGAAAGAGAAGAAAGGGCUGCGCUACAGCGAAGUAGUCCGGGACGAUCCCCGGUAUGUGGCUUGGUUCACUUCGACUUACAAGAACUCGGACAAGACGCCACAUCAGAAAUUCAUCCGCUAUGUGCAGCUCUACACGGAAGAUCUGGAACGGCGAAACAAGUCCGAUUCAACGGGGACAAACACUGCAACCCCGGGAGCAAUGUCGAAAUCCAAGGCAGCUCCAAAGACUGCCGCGUAUCCAGAACCCAAGGAGAAGAUGCCCAUGUCAUCACCAUGCACCACUCCUCGGAGCGACGCGUGGGAAAUGCUGAAGGAAGAGACAUCACAUCAGAACGACCGGAUCUCCAACAUCGAGGGUGCCCUGUCCCAGAUCGUGCAGCAGUUGCAGUUUCUGACAGCCCAUCUGAAUGUGGAGCCAACACUGCAAUAG